AUGACUCUGCCAGAUCGUGACGUGAUGCCACCCCCGACGUCUCCAACAUCGUUUGACAAGUCAGGCACCUUGCCCAGCGCUCAUUUAUCACACCCUGCGCCCACGCCGACAAGUCGUGCGUCGCGAGCACAAUCGGAGAAGCUUGACACAAAUUCUCAGACCUUCUUAAGAAGGAAGUGCAAGGGCUAUCAGAAACCAAUCUCCGUUGGGCUUGUGGCGCAAGAUGGAGACACUGAGCGCGGACGCUAUAAAUGGCAACAGAUUGGCCUUCUCGGUGAUGAUAUUUCCAAGGCCGACAACGCAGUUCUUCUAUGCGGCACCUGCCACACCGAGUUCGAUAAGACCACCGAUCCAGGCUACGGGUUUUCCCUCCGACCUUGA